CUCUCUCUCUCUCUCUCUCUCUAACACACGCACACAAUCACUAUCACACUCGCUCCCUUGCUUUGAAUCUCACAUUAAAAUUGGCAUCCUCGCAUCUCCUUUCGAUUCGCAGCCCUCUCUCUCUCUCUCUCUCUCUCUCUCUCUCUCUUUAGGGUUCUCCGGAUCCACUUUCAACAUCCCGGCGUCGUUGGUGAUUGUUCUUCGUUACGGAUGUCGAAAGCAGGAGCCUUUGAUCUCGCCACUGGCGUCGGCGGAAAGAUCGAAAAAGACGAAGUUCUCUCCGCCGUCGACAAGUAUGAAAAGUAUCACAGUUACUAUGGAGGCGAAGAAAAAGAGAGAAAGGAUAACUACACUGAUAUGGUGAAUAAAUACUAUGACCUUGUUACUAGCUUCUAUGAAUAUGGAUGGGGAGAGUCAUUCCAUUUUGCACACAGAUUGAAAGGGGAGUCUCUUCGAGAGAGCAUUAAACGACAUGAGCACUUCCUUGCUUUACAGCUAGGACUAAAACCUGGACAAAAGGUAUUGGAUGUUGGGUGUGGAAUUGGUGGGCCAUUAAGGGAAAUUGCCCAGUUCAGCAUGUCCUCCGUUACAGGAUUGAAUAACAAUGAAUACCAAAUAACAAGAGGAAAGGCACUGAACCGCAAAGUUGGUUUGGACAAGACAUGCGACUUUGUCAAGGCGGAUUUCAUGAAAAUGCCAUUUCCUGACAAUAGUUUUGAUGCUGUAUAUGCAAUUGAGGCUACAUGCCAUGCUCCGGAUGCAGUUGCGUGCUACAAAGAGAUUUAUAGAGUACUGAAGCCUGGUCAGUGUUUUGCUGUGUACGAGUGGUGCAUGACUAAUUCCUUUGAUCCCCACAAUAAAGAACACCAAAAUAUCAAGGCAGAAAUCGAGCUUGGUAAUGGCCUCCCUGAAGUCAGGAGUACAGGACAAUGCCUUGAGGCUGUGAAGCAAGCAGGAUUUGAAGUAAUAUGGGAUAAAGAUCUUGCAGCAGAUUCACCUGUCCCUUGGUACUUGCCUUUGGAUACAAGUCAAUAUUUCUCACUGAGCGGCUUCCGUCUUACAGCGGUUGGACGUUUUAUUACAAAAAACAUGGUCAAGGGCCUGGAAUAUGUUGGACUUGCCCCCGCGGGAAGUCAAAGGGUUCAAGAAUUCUUGGAGAAAGCUGCAGAUGGGCUAGUUAACGGUGGAAAGAAAGAAAUCUUCACAGCAAUGUAUUUCGUCCUGGCUAGGAAGCCUCAUAUGGAUAGCUAGUAAUGCUGAAGUGAGAAUUAACGUGCUGUUGUACUCUGGUGAAUCUUGACUACUAGAUUUCAGUUUCAGUUUAUUUUUCUGUAAUUGCAUGUCUGGGUUUAGGUUUCUGAGUUGCUUGGGCGUUGCAGUAUCCUAAUGUGUUAUUUUCAAGCUUGCAGUUUGACUUAGCUGUAAUGUUUUGGUCCUAUGAAGUUUACUCAAUGUAAGGCUUUUGUUUGUGCUUGCUUUA